AACAGCCUCAUGCUAGCUAUUGGCAUCUUCGAUAGGUGUAGUCAAGUCUGGAUGCCGCUACUGCCAGGAGCUCAAUGAUAAGUUUGAGGAACACAUACUUUGCUUCAUGGUCCCACACAUAAACACAUUGUUGUUGCCUAGCUUGCCUAAAAAAAAAAAGAAACCAUUGUUGCAGUUGUACGUCGUCUUGUUGCAUCCACUGUUAUAUAAUUUUUUUAUUCGGCAUAUAUGGCUAUGGCUCAGUUGCAUAUAUAGACGCCGGCGUAGAAUGCUAGGAACAUGCGUUGGAUCAUAGGUGCAGAGGUGCUCUUGCUGACGCACCAAAUGACACAUUUAUGUACGGCCUCCUUUAGCAACUGUAUAAAUAAUCCCUGCCAUGAGUGUCCUACGUACCUCAUGGGAUCCAUUGAGAGCCACCUUGGUAGGAUACGUAGUGAGCUUCCCAAAUGGAUGAAAUCAUCCUAGCAAUUAUUUCUGAAAUUACGAAGAGAUCUAUUUCGUAUGUCCUUUGCAAAUACUCGGAGAUAACUGGACCAACAAUAGAGGACAAGAGGCUGCAAGAUCUGCAACGGCUACUGUUGCGGACUCAUAUCAUCGUCAAGGAAGCAGAGGGGCGGCUCAUCACAAAUCGAGCCAUGGUGCAUCAAUUGAACAUCAUGAGAAAAGAGAUGUACAGAGGUUACUUCACUUUGGACAGCUUGAGGAGCCAAGCCAGCGAGGCCAAGGAUCAUGAUGUGAGUCACUCUUUCACCCUACCCAAAUUCAACCAUGCCAAGCGUCGCAUUUGCUCUUCCGAUGGUACGUAUAGGAAUAAUGACCUGCAGAAAGUGAUUCAAAACUUAAACAACAUCGUGGCUGAUGCAAAAGAGUUCUGUAUGUUUUUGAAGAACUAUCCUCCGUUGUACCGCCAACCUUACGACAUGCAUAUGUUCAUUGGCAAGUGCAUGUUUGGUCGCCAAAUGGAAGUGGAUAGGAUCAUGGAUUUCUUGAUGCAGGAAGAACAUCUGAGUAUGACAAGUACUGGUGUCCUACCAAUUAUUGGUCCAGGAUAUGUUGGAAAGAGCACCUUAGUUGCUCAUGUCUACAACGAUGCAAGAGUACGCGGCCACUUUUCUCAAAUUAUAGUAGUUAAUGGAGACCGUAUUGAUGAUAAAAAGCUGUCAAGCUGGAAAGAUAGAUGUGAUAUCAUACAUCAAAACAAUGCCUUGGGUGGGAAGAAGAGGUUGUUGGCUGUCAUUGAGUUCCCCGAGAAUGUUGACAAUGUUGCAUGGAAUAAUUUCUACUUACCUUUUGUUGGGUGCCUUGUAAGGGGUAGUAAGAUCAUUAUCACAAGUAAUUCGGACAAAAUAAAGAAGUUUGGCACCACACAAGCUCUUAUAUUAAAUUUUCUGCCAAUAGAAGCAUAUUGGUAUUUCUUCAAGGUUCUUACAUUUGGGAGUGCAGAUUCCAAUGAUUACCCAGAACUGGAGUCAAUUGCUAUGGCAAUGGCAAGAGAGAUGGGUGGAUCAUUCAUAGCUGCGGAUUUCAUUUCAGCCAUUCUAAGGAGAAAUCUUAGUGUCCAACAUUGGGGUUGGUGCCUUGCAGCUUUCAAGGAAAAUAUACGGAGAAAUGUCUCUGUGUUUGGUGAGCAUCCAUAUGAUCUUCUGCAGAAACAGAAGCAUGCAUGUUAUCAGAUUAACGAAGACAAGUAUAUGGUUAGCGAUCAGUACCAUGCAUCAUGUCUUUCUAGAGAAAAUAUUCCAGCAAUAACAAUGUACGACGUUGUGUCUGGAAAUGUAAAUUGCGAAGGCGCAUUUGAGGUUCUUGCAUGGAAGUCACACAUUCUACCAUAUAAGUCAUACACCAUUAGUUGUAUGAUUCAGAAGGAACAACCUAUAAAGAGGAUACACUCUACAUAG